AUGCGACAUCUGAACUGGCGUCAGGGUCGAGGAGCUUGGCAGAGUAUCAUUCCUGGACGUUGCCCAACCGUGGUACAAUCGGUUAUCCAGGCUCUGCCGCGAAUGCAAAGUCGUCUUGAGUGCAUCACAAUGCACGUUCCUGUAUUUGAGGGGGCUGUAGUCGAUUUGACAUUUCGUACCUCGGAAACGGUGACCGGUAUCACGGAAGUGAUCGAGCGUCUGACAAAAAGCUCCUUACUGGAAACGUACAAUCAGAUUCACACGUCAACCCAACCGAUUGUAAAUCGGACCUCGUGCACGUUGCACAUCGAACCCCUUUUGACCCCGGUCUCUUCACCCAGUUCCAUGGCUGAGACAACACGACACGAUUCGGAACAUUCAGCGUCCAUGUCUUCUGGACCGGGUAAAACCAGUCGUGCAGAUCUGACUCCACAGAUUCGAUUACCCAAUGAUCUGGCAUCAAUUAUGCUUCCAUUGAACAAGGAGGAUGCAUACGUCUCUACAGAUGCGACGGGAAAACGUACCAUGAGCCUACUUUGUGUGGACUGUAGUUUGGGUGUGCCAUCCGGCAACACAGUCAAACUGAUUUCAUGGUAA